CCGGGCGAGGCGGGGCGCGCGCGGCGGCCGUUGAGGGACCGUUGGGGCGGGCGGGCGGCGGCGGCGGUGGCGCGCGCUGCGGGCAAAGAGUGUGGAGGCGCGGACGCGCGGCGGAGCUCGAGCUGCUGCAGCUGCUGCCGCCGCCAGAGUAACCUCGAUCCCCGAGCUCCGGAUACCGGUGCCUCGCCAUGGCUGACCAGCUGACCGAAGAACAGAUUGCAGAGUUCAAGGAAGCCUUCUCCCUCUUCGACAAGGAUGGAGAUGGCACCAUUACCACCAAGGAGUUGGGGACUGUGAUGAGAUCGCUGGGGCAGAACCCCACUGAGGCGGAACUGCAGGACAUGAUUAAUGAGGUGGAUGCUGAUGGUAAUGGGACCAUUGACUUCCCAGAGUUCCUGACCAUGAUGGCCCGAAAGAUGAAGGAUACAGACAGUGAGGAGGAGAUACGAGAGGCCUUCCGUGUCUUUGACAAGGAUGGGAAUGGCUAUAUCAGUGCUGCCGAGCUGCGUCACGUCAUGACGAACCUGGGGGAGAAGCUGACAGAUGAGGAAGUGGAUGAGAUGAUCCGAGAGGCAGACAUUGAUGGAGACGGCCAGGUCAAUUAUGAAGAGUUUGUACAGAUGAUGACUGCAAAGUGAAGGCCCGGGCAGCUGGCCAUGCCCGUUCUCCUGAUCUCUUCUUGCGCUCUCCUCUCUUCAACACUACUCCCCUGCGUACCCGGUUCUAGCAAACACCAAUUGAUUGACUGAGAAUCUGAUAAAGCAACAAAAGAUUUGUCCCCA